AUGACGCGACGCAUUGUCCGAACGAUAGUCCAAACGACGACUGCCGCCCUCUUUACCUUUAUUGUCCUUUUCUUCCUCGACCGCAACUUCCGCGUCCUGCCCAACGCCAUACACGAGUACCUGCCCACUCACCAUGCUGGACUGGUCAUUACCGACGUUGCCCUCAGGCAAUGUUCCACCCUUAACGUCUUCUCCAGCUGCAAGCUGGACCCUGCCGUCUGGCACCGCAUCGACAAGGACCUGUACCUGGGGAAAGGCUUGUUCUCGAGCGCCUACCUCCACGUGCAGCACAAGCGGGAAGAGGAGCUGACGGCCGAUGACAAGGUUGUCAUCGACCUGGCCGUGGGGAGGCUGAACCCUGGGGCGAACGAGAAAGGGGGAAAGGGGCAGGAAAAGUGGGAGGCGAGGCCUGCGGGGCUGUGGAUCAAGAGGUCGAAUAAGAGGGGGGCUAGCGACUCCAAAAACGCCGUCACGGCCGUGGACGUGCUCUUUGGGGACGAUGCCGUCGAGGCGAGGCCCGGGUGGGCCAUCACGGGCACGCCGCUGUUGCUGGAUACCGGCUCCAACGUGCCGGCUGCCCACAUCACCAUCAGGAGGGGGGUCGCGCAGGAGCCAGUCAAGCCCGUGCUGAGAAUCGGCGAGAAUGGACGGUUCAAGAUCAUGCAGCUCGCCGAUCUGCAUCUGAGCACAGGGGUGGGCCAUUGCCGGGAUGCGUUGCCUGAGGAUUGGAACGGGGGCAAGUGCGAGGCCGACCCGAGAACGCUGGAUUUUGUUGCCAAAAUGCUCGAGGAGGAGCGGCCCAACCUGGUCGUUCUCAGCGGAGAUCAGGUGAAUGGAGACACUGCGCCGGAUGCGCAAUCGGCAAUCUUCAAAUACGCGCAGCUCCUAAUCAAGCACAAGAUUCCAUACGUCUCCAUCUUUGGCAACCACGACGACGAGGGCUCCAUGUCGCGCGCCGCGCAAAUGGAGCUGAUCGAGACGCUUCCGUACUCGCUCUCGCGGGCCGGCCCGGCCGAGAUUGACGGGGUGGGCAACUACUACAUUGAGGUGCUGGCCCGCGGCGGCUCGGGUCACUCAGCCAUCACGGUCUACCUGCUCGACACGCACGCCUACUCGCCCAACGAGCGCAAGUUUCCCGGCUACGACUGGAUCAAGAAGAACCAGAUCGACUGGUUCCGCAGCACGGCGCAGGGCCUCAAGAAGAAGCACAAGGAGUACACGCACAUGCAUAUGGACGUGGCCUUCAUCCACAUCCCCUUACCCGAGUACCGGGACGCCGACAUACCGCGUGUGGGCGCUUGGCUGGAGCCGAGCACGGCGCCGGUUUAUAACUCGGGAUUUCAUGACGCGCUGGUGGACGAGGGUGUGGUGAUGGUCAGUUGUGGACACGACCACGUAAACGAAUUCUGCGGCUUGUCCACGACGGCAGAGGGCAAACCCGCGCUCUGGAUGUGUCACGCCGGCGCGGCCGGGUUCGGCGGCUACGCGGGCUACGGCGGCUUCCACCGCAAGAUACGCGUCUUUGAUUUCGACAUGAACGAGGCGCGCAUCACGACGUGGAAGCGUGUCGAGUGGGGGCCCGAUGUGGAUAAGAAGAUUGAUGAGCAAAUCCUGGUUGAUGCGGGGAAGCCUGUCUUCCCUGAGCAAGAAUGA